AUGUCCGACGAGAAGGAAAAAUUAAGACAAAAAUAUGCUCUUGAAGAACAAGCAGCACAACUGGGAAGCCACAGUUCACCUGAUGCACCACCGGCAUACGAAGAUAUUCAAGGCUCUCAAAACCCAUACACCAACAACCUGAAUGGUCAAUUUGCUCCAUCACAAAUACCACCACUGAAUGCUCCUGGCUAUGCUCAUCCUCCACCUGAUAACUACGCAAACUACCCACCCCCACAAACAUAUCCACAGCAAGGAUCUUCUUCUUCUUCUUCACAACAGUCGCAAAAUCUCUACACAAUUAAACCCAAUGUUGUUGAUAUUAACAACACCGAUCCGCAAAACUUAAACCCGCAGUAUCAAAUUUUCAAACAGAAUCAAGAAGCUAAAAUAGCAAGAGGUGAAUACGCUGCUUGGAACCCAAAGGCCCCAUUGGAAAAGGGUCAUACAUCGAAUAAGAAGGUUGAUCUGAGUUUUCCUGGACGAAGUGGUGCUACUUAUUACAAUGCAGCUAAUAAGCAUUGA